ACAACCAAAUAUACUAUCGCCAACUCUUAUGCUGAAUUGUUGCUUAUUGCUCCUAAUCACUAUUCCUCAUUGUUGGAACUCAUCGCUUAUCCCAGCAGGAAAACGACUUUGUCGGCUACCACUACUACAAUGGCCGUCGCGGUUCCAACCAUUCAACCUAUUUGCCAUGGAGGUACGAGCGCAACAUCCCGAGGACGACAGCUUAUGCAGAAGCCACAUCCAUCUGUUACUCAUUCGCAAGCAUUUCAACAAGCCGUGCAGGCUCGCAUUCGCCAACAACUCGGCCCAAACACCUGGAAUCCAGGCGUUGCUUCUCUUGGCGGGAUCGCUCGAAACCCCCGGCAUCAAUACAUCAUCGACCAAAUAUGUCGGUAUACCGAUUAUCAAACGCUUAUACACAUCCGUCGGGCGAACAAGGCACUCAGAAACGCUAUCAACCCCCAACUGGCGCCGUACGAGAGCAAGCGUGCGUUCGUCCUGCGCGCUUGUAAGGACUUUCCACAAAACUACAAGGAUACUAUCCGAUGGGCCUGCUACUCGUGCUUUCUCUGUCGAGAGACAGACAAGUUUGCGGCAAACCAAGCCCGACAGGCAAUACGAGGCCUUCCCCCGAACCAAGAGCUCGUCAAUCUGCCCAACUUUUGCAUCGAUUGUGGUGUUAGACAUGGACUGCACAGGCCCGGCGAGAAGAUGACACCGAUUACUGGGAAGCCUAAAUGGUUGUGUGGCUGUCCCUUGAGACCGGGGCGACCUGUCGACGACAUCCUGCAUAUUUUGGGCAAGGACACGCGGUGUGAUUAUUGUGAUACGAACGCUCCACUCAGUGGCGGAGGGGCAAGAGAUUUUAAUUGAAACGCGUUGGACUGCUGGACAUAGUAUGCAUGAAGUGAUAAGGUGUCAUGCAAACUUGGGAGUCUAGGUGUUUACUUCAAAGAGCGUGUGGACGAUUUUCUAUGCUAUUGUCACUCCUUUGCC